AUGUCGCCCGCGCCAGUCAUCUACACGUCGGAACACCGAGUACCGUCGCUUCCGCGCUUGGGCCUCUUUGAGUACCUCUUUCCCGCCGAGCCGGUGUUCGACAGCUCACUGCCGGCGUUCAUCGACGGGAUUGACGGGCGGCAAAUCACGCGCGCUGGGCUCGAAGACGAGGCACUCCGCCUUGCGUCGGGGCUGCGCGCCAUCGGGCUCAAGCGCGGCGACAGGGCGUGCAUCUGGGGCUUGAACUCGUUGGAAUGGGUGCGCGCAGCGUACGGUUGCCUCGCCGCCGGCAUUGUGGUGACACCUGCCAACUUUGCGUACGAACCGAGCGAGCUCGCACACCAGCUCAACAACUCGGGCAGCAAGCUCAUCUUCAUUGCCCCCGAUCUCGUAGACAAGUUCAACCGCACGCGUCCGCUGCUGCAGCGUGCCUUCCCCGACACGCAUGUCGUGCUCCUCGCUACUGAACAGGACAAACCCGUGCCUGCACGCUACAAGGUCGUCACGGAGCUGUACAGGGGCCGGGCCAAGGUUGAGAAGUUCACUGGCGCGCAGACGGACGCAACGACAUGGAUGUGCUACUCCUCUGGCACGACGGGGUUGCCCAAGGGCGUCGAGACGACUCACUGGAACCUCACGAGUCAGUUGCAGGCGUGCAACAUUGCGUGCGAGCCCCUCGGGCCUGGUGACAAGAUGAUCGCCUACCUCCCAUUCAGUCAUAUCUACGGCACGACGAACUCGCUCUUCCAGCCACUGUCUGUUGGCGCGGCGGCCGUCGUCCUCCCGCGCUUCGAGGAGACGAACGCGCUCCGCGCGAUCGAAAAGUACCGCGUCAAGCAUGGCCUCAUCGUCCCUCCUAUCGUGAUCACGCUGUACAACUCGCCCAACCUCGACAAGUACGACCUGACGUGCUUGCGCAGCGUGUGCUCGGCAGCUGCACCCCUCGGACCGGACCUCAUCGCCGCCUUCCAGAAGCGCCUGCCUUCCGUCAAAGUGACGCAGUGUUACGGUCUCUCUGAGACGUCGCCGCUCAUCACCGCGCUGACGCGCGACGAGGUAGAGCGCGCGCCGCCAGCCUCCAUCGGCCGCCUCCUUCCCACCUUUGAGGCGCGCAUCGUCGACUCGGACGGGCAAGACGUGCCCGACGGCGAGCGAGGCGAGCUCUGGGUCCGCUCACCCUCGGUCAUGAAGGGAUACCACCGCAACCCAGUCGCAACUACCGGCACCAUGGAGGGCGACUACUUCAAGACCGGCGAUGUCGUCGUCCGCUCACCAGACGGAUACUUCCGCGUAGUGGACCGUGUCAAGGAGCUCAUCAAGUACAAGGGCUUCCAGGUGCCGCCGGCCGAGCUCGAGGCGCUCCUCCUCACGCACCCGCGUAUCGCAGACGCCGCCGUCGUGGGCGUGUACGACGCUUCGCAGGCGAGCGAGUUGCCUACCGCUUAUGUCACCGUCCGCGACAGGGAGAACCUGGACCCCGCGGCGUUCGACCGUGAUAUUCAGGAGUGGGUUGCUGCGCGCGUCGCGAGACACAAGCGCCUCGGAGGCGGCGUGUUCGUUAUCGACGAGAUUCCUAAGAGUGCAGCUGGCAAGCUCCUCCGCCGGCGGCUGCGCGACCGUGCACAGGCCGAUCGCGAUGCGCGGAAGGGCGUGGCCGGAAGCAAGGCCAAGCUGUAA